CCUUUUCUUUUCCAUAGGUACCAAACAGGGUCUAAACGACUUUGAGAAAGGUUAUACGAGGCGCGAUUGUGAAGAUACGCCGAAAAAUGGGGAAGAAGAAGAAGAGGGACGAGUCAGAAGCAGUGGAAGCGUCGAAUGCAGAAGAAAGCGAGGUUUUAGAGCUCGUCAAUGGCGAUGAUUCACAUCAGACAAAGCAGGAGAAGAGGAAGAAGAAGAAGAAGAAACACCAAGGGAAUGAGAAAGGCGCCUCCGCCGCCGCCGAGCCGAGGGCGUCGGUGAUACCCACAGUCAGUGUCGCUGUGCCCGGUUCUAUCGUCGACAACGCUCAGUCUCUCGAACUUGCCACUCGAUUGGCUGGUCAAAUUGCACGAGCCGCAACCAUUUUCCGAAUUGACGAGGUGGUGGUAUUUGACAACAAGAGUGGUUCAGUGAAUUAUUCAAAUGCUAGCACAAGAGAUGUCAAUUCGGAUGAUAAUGAAAGUGGUGCAGCUUUUCUUAUAAGGAUCUUGCAGUAUCUUGAGACACCACAGUAUUUGAGGAAAAGUCUAUUUUCAAUGCAUAAAAGCUUGCGCUUUGUGGGUCUUCUGCCCCCACUUGAUGCUCCACAUCAUUUACGCAAGCAUGAAUGGGCUGCAUAUCGUGAAGGCAUCACCCUUAAGGAGCAAGUGCCAAACUCUGCAGGAACACUUGUUGAUGUUGGCCUCAGUAAAAAUGUUUUGAUUGAUAAAGUACUUGAACCUGGAGUAAGAGUAACUGUAGCUAUGGGAACCAAUCGCAAUGUGGAUGCAGAUUUACCACGCCAGGUUGUCUCUUCUUCCAAGCCUAGGGAAGAAGUGGGAACAUACUGGGGUUAUAAAGUGCGGUAUGCAUCCAGUAUCAGUUCAGUAUUACGGGAGAGCCCGUAUAAGGGAGGCUAUGAUCAUCUGAUUGGUACCUCAGAGCACGGUCAAUUUCUGAAGUCUUCAGAACUUGCACUACCUUCUUUCAGGCACUUAUUAAUUGCCUUCGGUGGGCUUGCUGGAUUGGAAGAGAGCAUAGAAGAAGACAAUAAGUUAAAGGGGAAAAAUGCGCAAGAGAUAUUUGAUUCAUACUUGAACACUUGUCCGAAUCAAGGAAGUAGAACGAUUCGAACGGAGGAAGCCAUCUUUAUAUCCCUUCAGUAUUUCCAAGAACCAAUCAACCGAGCUUUGCAGAGAUUGUAAGAUCAAAAUUGGCCAGCUUAAAGUCAUCAAAGGGCAAUAUCAUGAAGAAGCUCACACUCUGGACCGCUUAUGAUUCGGCACAGCCUGAAGAUUACUUGUGAUGCCAAGAGAAGACGAUCAAUCACCAUUCAGGGGGAGAUUUUCCUCGGUUGGAGGUGGUUGGGUGAUUGGUUAACUUCCUAUUGGAGUUGAAAUUUCAAAGUGUGUGUCAUCUUGAGCCAUAGUUUGUCCUUGGGGACAUUGCAGCUCUGUAGUUUGUAGUUUAUGGGCUUGCAAACUUAUUCGGCUAGAGCUUGUUAGGUAACUUUCUUGUGAUGAACUAGAAGAAAAAACUGGUACUUGUUUCAACGACUAAUUUUUGCUUUCGAAAGAAAGAAUUAACGUUUUGUUAGUGCUUAUUACGCUAUUCAUUA